UGAGCGGAGUCACACUUCGAAUGACUGUCGAGUGAGGCGAAACGUGGGAAAGGGAAAAAGACUGGGGGAGGGGACGAUGAGGGAAUGAAAGGAUGCCCUUUCUUUUCUAUUUUUUUUUUUCUGACUUUUCUGCCAAGGGCCCACGCUCGCUCGGUCCAGGCUGCUUGUUUGGCGCGGAUUUUCAACUUGGCCUUCACCAUCUCACAGAUACUCCGGACGGCGACAGCACGGGGGCUGAAGACGAGAGAAGGACGAGCAGUGGACUACACGGGAGGGCUAGAGAUCCUCGAGUAAGAUCCGUGCCCCUCUACUGCGCUUGCCUCCUGUUGUUCAUCAUCAUCAUCAUCAUCACGCAACCGCAAAGUCACCGGAAACGCCGUCCUCGCCGCUCCUGCUGCCCGCCCGCCUGUUCGCCCGCCCGCCUGCCCGCCAGUCCGCCGCCGCCGUCGCCGCCGCGCUCCCUCCGUCGUCAACGGAGGUGCGACCCUCUUUUCUUUUUUUGCCCAAUUUCCCUCACUGUUUUUUUUCCUAUUUUAGUCUUUACUGGCCUGGUACCGCUGCGGUGGAAGAAGGUGUUUCAGGGGGAGUGAUCACAUAAAACGCCCGCCGUCACCACUACGACGCACGCCGCUGCUGCAUCGCCGUGGUAUAUCCCGGCCCUCCCUUGCUCUU